GACACUUUGAGGCCAGCCAUAUUGCUCCAUCGACCUGGGUGAAGGAGAGAGCGGAGAUGAAGGGGAUUCGGGCAAUCAGCCAGCUCUCGAGACGGUUCUAUGCGAGUGCCAGAAAAGGCCAGUCCCUUGCUCAGCCCCUGGCUGGCCUCAAGCGCUCUCCUGGAGCUGCUCAUUCCGACAAGGAUGUCCAUGUGACCAAAUUGCCCAGUGGGCUGGUGAUCGCCUCACUGGAGAAUUAUUCACCAGCCUCCAAGAUCGGUGUCUUCGUCAAGGCUGGCUGUCGUUAUGAGACCUUCGAUAACCAGGGUGUCACCCACGUCCUCCGGCUGGCCUCCAAUCUGACAACCAAAGGAGCUUCAGCUUUCAAGAUAUGCCGUGUUAUUGAAGCUGUGGGAGGAAGCCUGAGCGUGACUUCAUCCAGAGAGAAUAUGAUGUACACUGUUGACUGCUUGAGAGAUGACCUUGAUACAGUGAUGGAGUAUUUGAUCAACGUGACAACAGCCCCAGAGUUCCGUCCAUGGGAAGUGUCAGACCUCACGCCGAGAGUGAAGUAUGACAAUGCACAGGCUGCACAUAACCCACAGAUAGUGAUGGCUGAAGCUCUGCAUGCAGCGGCCUACAAGAACGCCCUCUGUAACUCCCUGUACUGCCCCGACCACAUGGUUGGCAAGAUCAAGUCGGAACAUCUGCACCAGUUUGUCCAAAACAAUUUCACGAGCGCGAGAAUGGCUCUUAUUGGACUUGGUGUUGACCACGCUGUGCUGAAGCAACUAGGAGAACAAUUCCUCAACAUCCGCAGCGGAGCCGGCACCACAGGGGCCAAGGCUCAGUAUCGCGGAGCUGAGGUCCGUCUGCCCAACACCAGCAGUCUGGUCCAUUCAGCGGUGUUGAGCCAGGGAGCAGCGCUAUUCACUGACGAAGCGCUGGCCUUCACGAUGCUGCAGCAUGUUCUGGGAGCUUUUCCAUAUGUCAAGAGAGGAUCCAGCCCUACCAACAAACUGGUGCAAGGUGUUGCCAAGGCAACUGCUAACCCCUUUGAUGCCUCUGCUUUCAAUGCGUGCUACUCUGACUCAGGUCUGUUUGGGAUCUACACCGUUUCCCAGGCUGAAGAGACUGGUGACAUUGUUAAAGCUGCUCUCGAGCAGGUGAAAGCUGUCGCCAAUGGUGGAGUCACAGCAGCUGACCUCACUAUAGCCAAGGCCCAGAUGAAGUCUGAGUUCCUGAUGUUUCUGGAAACCUCAGAGGGUUUGAUGGAAAUGAUUGGCUCUCAGACUGUGUCCACCGGAUCCUACCAGUCCCCCGAAGAAAUCUGUAAAACCAUUGACAACGUCUCCUUGACUGAUGUUGCUAAUGCUGCCAAGAAAUUCGUGUCAGGCAAGAAGACCAUGGUAUCCAGCGGCAACCUUGUGAAAACACCCUUCGUGGAUGAGCUCUAAAGCCCUCCUCGUCACCUCGCACCGCACCUCGAUGGGUGGCAAAGCAGAUUUUUUGUUUCCUCUACAUUUGAACACCAACAGAGGUCAUCAUUGUCUUUUUUGCAAUGCUGUUGUUCUAAGAAAUAUAAUGUCAUAACACCUCUGGGUAUUUAUUGGUGUUGUAACACUAUAUUUGCAAGUGAUGCUGCUCUGGUGCAUCACAGUACUGUGCUCUACCCAUCUGUCCACAUUAACUGUGUAGCUAAUGUAAAAUAAGGAAUAAAUUCUAUCAACCCUA